AAAUAUCAUCCACAUUAUCUAAAUCAAGAACUCAGCUUAUUCCUUCAUCUUUUUUUUUUUUUUACUUCAUCAAUCAUCAUGAAAUCUUCAACAAGUUCAAGUGAUCAAUACCAGAAAUUUUCAUCUUCCUUCGGCGACGAAACACCGUCGCCGAUGGAUGUUCGAUUGAGUUCAAAAACUCAACUUUACGUAGAAACAAUGGAUCGACAACCGGCAAUGUAUAGAAAAAAGAAGAAUGAUGUUCCAUGGUCAACUGGCUUAUGUGAUUGUAUGUCAGAUCCCAAGAAUUGUUGUAUUACAUUCUGGUGUCCAUGCAUCACUUUUGGACAGGUUGCUGAGAUUAUUGACAAGGGUUCUAACUCUUGUGGAGUAAAUGGAGCAUUAUAUGCAAUAAUAAUAUGUGUGACUGGUUGCCCAUGUUUUUACUCAUGUUUCUAUCGUUCCAAAAUGAGACAACAAUAUUUGUUAAAAGAAAAUCCUUGUGGAGAUUGUUUGGUUCAUUGCUUUUGUGAAGCUUGUGCCUUAUGUCAAGAAUAUCGUGAGCUCAAAAAUCGUGGAGUUGAUAUGUCCAUUGGAUGGCAUGGAAAUGUGGAGAGGCAAAAUCGUGGAGUGAUCAUGCCACCAACAAUUGAAGGUGGAAUGAAUAGAUAAGGAUUGUGGAAUAUCUUUUGGAACAGAAGCAAUAACUGCUAUAAAGUAAGAAGAUGGGUAGGAACGAUCCUUAAAGCAAAGAUUAAUAGUGAACAUUAUAUUAGAGGAAUAUAAUUUGUUAAAAUUGUGAGUGGUUAGAUUGUAAUCUAAUUAUGUAUAUGUUUAUUGUUGUUAGUGGCUUUGUAAUACCUAAUUAAUGUAUGCAUCCAAGAAUAUUGUUGAUUCUUCUUUCCCACCA